AUGGUCUCUAUGGAAAGCGCAUUGGAUCAGCUAGAAGUAGAUACCUUUGAUUCGUUGCUAAGCGAAAUGGAAAUCCCAAUGAAGCCGUAUGAGUAUAUGGCUCUAUUAAUCAUGGCUGACAAUAAAGCAGAAGAAGAGUCAAGCAAUGUUUCUGUCCUUGAAUAUGAAAACGGGGAACAGUUUAAAUUCUCUACCUUUGAAGAGUUGGUUAUGUCAACUGCAAUGAUGCAAAUGAGGUUAGAUACGCGGCUGUCCUACAUAAAGAGUUUUCCAUAUCAAGAUGGGGACGUUCUUGUUAGUAACUACUUGAAAACAGACGAACGACUUCAAGCUGUGUUAGACAAAUGUUCACUUUCAAACCUAAAGGCUGAAGUAGAGAGUGGAAAGGUCAAAACACCUCUGAUUGAUGAGGAAGGAAAGUCCAUUAUCUAUAGGAAAGGUAUCAUUGGAGACUGGGAGAAUUAUUUCACAGUUGCGCAAAAUGAAAAGAUAGAAAGAGUGGCGGAAGAGAAAUUCAAGAAUAGUAUUUUCAACUACAAAGCAUGGGAUUGCUAG